GUCUAGUAACUCGGACGGGCAGCGCUCCACGAAACGUCGUAAAAACCUAUCGAAAAUGUUGCAAAUGAGAUUUUUGUUUUUGUUUGCCUGUACCGCUCUGCUGUUGGGCAGUCAGCAAAUUGAUGGAUUUAUUCUGCGUCUUAUCAGCGAGACGCUGCAGAAUAAUGUGGCCGGCGAGCCCAUAACUCAUCAGCGCACCGAAUGGAACUUUGAUCCGGAGGCGGCGAAAAGAGCUCGUUCCAUUUACUAUGAGAAAAACGGUUAUCGUUCAGCGAAAUUCAUCGAACGAAUUGGCGUGGGUCUGGACGGACAUCACGAGGAGCGGCGACAGGAGCAGGCGGAACGGGAUGUGGGGCGUCUGAAUGGUGAACAUUUUAUCAACUACCCAGCAGCUUAGUUCAUAAAAUACUAUUUAAAUAUACGUUAUAUUGGCGGGUAGAGGGGUAGAGAUGGGGCAUAUAAAUCCUUGUGGAAUAUCUAGCGCAUUGUCAUCAUUUUAAUUUGCAGCGAUUAAUUGUCAUUAAUGUG